AUGAUUCCCCCCAGAGAGAGGGGUAAGGACCGAGGGUUUGAGACAAAGGGGCAAGGACACAGGGGGAGAGACAGAGGGGGAAGGACAGAUUGGGAGAGGCAUAAGGGGAAGGACAGAGGGGGAGAGAAAGAAGGGGAAGGGCAGAGGGGGAGAGACAGCAGGGGAAGGACAGAGGGGGAGGAACAGAGGGGGAGGGGCAGACAGGGAGAGACAGAGGGGGAGAGCCUGUACUUCCCUCACUCCCUCCCCCCGUCCCCCUCACUUCUAGCAUCACUGUUUACACCCCUCUUUAUUUUGACCAACCUCCCUUUCUCCCACCAGCUCUAUUUACCCCCCAAUCUAUUCUCCAUUGCCUCUCCGGCUUCCCCCCUCCCUCCUCCCUGCUUCAAUCCUCCCUCCUCCCUGCUUCCCCCCUCCCUCCGCCCUGCUUGCCCCCUCCCUCCUCCCUGCUUCCCUCCUCCCUCCGCCCUGCUUCCCCCCUCCCUCCGCUCUGCUUCCCCCCUCCCUCCUCCCUGCUUCCCCCCUCCCUCCUCCCUGCUUCCCCCCUCCCUCCACCCAGCUUCCCCCCUCCCUCCUCCCUGCUUCCCCCCUCCCUUCUCCCUGCUUCCCCCCUCCCUCCUCCCUGCUUCCCCCCUCCCUCCUCCCUGCUUCCCCCCUCCCUUCUCCCUGCUUCCCCCCUCCCUCCUCCCUGCUUCCCCCCUCCCCCCCCCCCUACUUCCCCCCUCCCUCCGCCCUGCUUCCCCCCUCCCUCCUCCCUGCUUCCCCCCUCCCUCCGCCCUGCUUCCUCCCUCCCUCCUCCCUGCUUCCCCCCUCCCUCCGCCAUGCUUCCCCCCACCCUUCUCCCUGCUUCCCCCCUCCCUCCGCCCUGCUUCCCCCCUCCCUCCUCCCUGCUUCCCCCCUCCCCCCCCCCCCUACUUCCCCCCUCCCUCCGCCCUGCUUCCCCCCUCCCUCCUCCCUGCUUCCCCCCUCCCUAUGCCCUGCUUUCCCCCUCCCUAUGCCCUGCUUCCCCCCAUCCCCUUCCCUACUUCCCUCCAUCCCCUUCCCUACUUUCCCCCAUCCCCUUCCCUGCUUCCACUCGUCCCCAUCCCUGCUUCCCCCUAUCCCCUUCCCUGCUUCCCCCCAUCCCCUUCCCUGCUUCAACCCAUCCCCUUCCCUGUCGCUCCCCACAUCCCCUUCCCUGCUUCCCCCAAUCCCCUUCCCUGCUUCUCCCCUUCUCAACCCUUCAGUUUCCUUUCCUGCUUCCCCCCUUGA